AGCCACCGGUGGUGAAGUUGGCGCUUCCAGUGCUUUAGCUCCAAAAAUUGGUCCGCUUGGUUUGGCUCCUAAAAAAGUCGGUGAAGAUAUAGCUAAGGCUACAGCAGAUUGGAAGGGUCUACGUGUGACGGUAAAAUUAACAAUUCAAAACCGUCAAGCAGCUGUUUCAGUUGUACCAAGUGCUUCUUCCUUGGUCAUUAGAGCUUUAAAAGAACCACCAAGAGACCGUAAAAAGGAAAAAAACAUCAAACAUUCUGGUAAUAUCACACUCGACGAGGUAAUCGAAAUUGCUCGCCAAAUGCGUUUCAAGUCCUUUGCCAAAUCACUUAAGGGGACAGUGAGGGAAAUCUUGGGCACAUGCUUUAGCGUUGGGUGCACAGUUGACGGCCAAUCUCCGAAGGACUUAAGUGACUCGAUUGCAGCUGGUGAAGUAGAAGUUCCUGAUGAAUAA